ACCCGGGCCUGGGCUGCAUCCUACGCGGGCCGAGUUCGAGAACGUGGGCCUGGGCUGCCUCCUGUUGUUAUUUACGGGCCUGUUCCUAGCCUUCUCUUCUUCCUUCUUCCUCCUCCCUCCCUCCCCCCGCGUUGUUUGCCGCGCCGCCGCAGUUGCUCCAACGAAUGGCGCCGCCGCUCCUCUUCUACGAUCUCAGCCUCCUCCCAUCCUCCUCCUCGUCCAUUGGCGGUGGCGGCGAUGACAGCUCAAACCCCUCCUCCUCCCGCCUCCAACUCUUAGCCGCCACGGCCCGCGCUCUCGAGCUCGGUUACGCCGCCGUCGCUCUCGACCGCACCCACCGCGGCCUCCUCGCCGACUCCCACCGCUGCCGUACCGACCUUUUCCCGCCACUCUCCUCUCUCCCGCUCCCGCCCCCCGCCGCUCUCCAUCGCCGCCACCUCGCCUCCCCCGCCUCCGAGCCCUUCCGCCAGUACACCCGCAUCACCCUCUCCCUCGACUCCGCUGCCGCCGCCGCUUCCGCCCUCGCGCCCUCCGCCGCCCGCCUCCUCCGCACCUACGACCUCGUCGCGGCCCGCCCCCUCACUCAGGCCGCGUUCGACCAUCUCUGCCAGACUCCCCUCUCAGCUCAGCAUCUUGAUCUCAUCUCCAUCGACUUCUCCUCCCACAGUAAGCUGCCCUUCCGCAUCAAGCUCCCCAUGCUAAAGCUUGCGCUGCAAAAGGGGCUGCAUUUUGAGAUUGCCUACUCCCCACUCAUUUCUACUGACAUCAAUGCCAAGAGAAACCUCCUAGCUGAAGUCAAGCUCCUGGUGGACUGGACUAAAGGAAAGAAUCUCAUCAUCUCAAGCGCUGCUCAUACUGCUUCCCAGAUCAGAGGGCCCUAUGAUGUCAUCAAUCUAUCUGCCUAUUUGCUUGGCCUUCCCAUCAACCGAGCAAAAGCUGCUAUCUCCACAAACUGCAGGUCACUUGUUUUGAAGGCUAUGAGGAAGAAACAUUUCUACAAAGAAACAAUCAGAGUCGACAGACUUUUACCAAAUGAACAGUUGACUUCAACAAAAUUCAAGCUCGUUGAUUGGAUUGCUGGGAUUUCUGUAUCAUCUGAAGGAGGGCUAAAUCAGCUGGAAUCUUCUUCCAACUUUGAUGAACGUCGUGGUUCACCCAUAUGUGGUGUAAUGGAAGGGUCACACGAAGAACCUCACGAUUUUGAUGUGUCUGUAUUUCCUAAACUGUCAGAACAGUCUGGUGACCAUGAACAAAUCCCAUCCCAAACCCAAGAAGAGACAUUACAAAUUGACAGAACGGAAGUUCUAUUAGAUUGUGGCCAGUCUAUCCUGCCUGCAUCUUCAUAUUAUCAAAAUGCUGUUCUUGCAAAGACUGAAGACAGUAAAGUUGUUCCGAAUCCUUUAAUGCAGGCUGGUCCAGGUUCUUCUGUUAAUCCAAAAGGCAUAGUGAAGCAUGUUGAAUUUGUGCAGGAUGCGAUGGAAGUAGAUGCAACAGAAUCACGCAGGCUGAACCUCAUUGUGGGUGACAAUAUUCCUUCAACUUCUGGUAUUAGUGCCAAGUUAUCAUGCUCUGCUCUUAUCCAUGGUGUUGAGCUUUCUGGCACUAGUCUUGAGGAUCAGGGCCCAUGCCAGUCUAGUGAAAUACUUGCUAAUGAUAAAUCUUAUACAAAAUAUCACACUGAUUGCGCUGGUGGUGAGAGGGAAAAAACCGUAGUGGAUCAUGAAAUUCCUUCUGGUUCUGUUGUUUGCCCUGAGGACAAGGAUUUGGACCAGUCUGCUGGCAUGCAGGUUGAUGCUGAGACUUGCAGAGGUACUUCAGAACUAGUAGAGUGGCCCCCAAGUGGGAUAGAUGAUGAGGCACCAUUGGAUCUUGCAUUUUACUCGAGUCAUAAAUUACACAGUAAUAUAAUUCAACGGGAAGUUAUGGAGGGGAAAAUAGAGCAAAGUAUGGAUGAAAACGUAGAACGAACUGCAGAAAAUGAGACAGAAUCCAUUGACAAAAAAACAAGAACAUCUGUUUCAAUGGAACCUGCAUUCCAUGGUCAGGAAAUCAGCUUAACUAGUUAUAAAAGAAGCACUGAUGCAAGUUGCGAAAGUGAUGAGCUGAAAGAACAAAAUUCCGAGGAAACAAAUGCUUCUUUGGAGAAAAGCGUUGCUAAAACACAUGAGCUACUACCAAAAUUUUCUUAUCCAAGUGGUAAGGUUGAGAUGUCCACAAUCAGAUCAGAAAAGCGAAGACGUAAACUAAGGCCAUACCAUCCAGCUUAUCUUCCUUUCUUGGGCUUCCUUAGGUCUCUGCAUUUCAAGCAGAAAAUAUGCAAGGUAAGAGGGUUGAAUGGCUGAUCAAACACACGUGAGGAUUUAUUUCACUUUUGACAGGAACGUGUUGUCACUUACCAUCCCUGAAUCAUUAUGUAACAAUGGAAGGUUGAAGAAUUUCCCAGUAAGAAAUCUCAGUUUCACUUUUACCAGCAGUUGUAUUGUAUCUAUGGAAAAUAGAGACUUACCUGAAAGAUGGGAAAACUUUCUUUUUGGUUCCUGCAUUUGUGGUCUAGGUCUUUAACUUUUCUCAGUGCCACUACAAAGUACAGCUCUCAACUUUCAUGUUUUGUGAAGGGAAACUCUCCUUUUGGAUCCUA